CCCUUUCUAUCUCUUGUUUUUUCAGCAUUCAACACCUCUAUAUAAAUACCACAUCAAGAUCAAAUCAUACCCAUUAACUCAUUCUUCAAUCUUAACCUUCUCUAAAGCCUAAACCAAAUAUCUCAUUCCAAUUUUGCAAGCUGAGAGAUUAUUAAAUUUUAGAAUUAAAGAAAGCCAUGGCAACCCUUCAAGCUUCAAACUUUAUGCUAUCAUCUUCAUCGUAUAAAAGCAGAAGAACGAUUCAAGCAACUAUAAACACACCCAAAAUACGUAUUAGUCCUCUUUCUUUCCCAAAACUCUCUAAUAAAGGCUUGAUGGAAGAAUUAACCUUUACUUCUGAUGACUGCAGAGUUCCAAAAACUACUAUUUCUACCGAAACAGAAAAUUUGUACAAUAAUAAGUCAGAUCCUAUGGUGAUUGCUAAGCUCUAUGCGAUUAUAGAGGCUGUGGCUGAUAGAGUGGAGAUGCACAAAAACAUUGGAGAGCAACGCGAUAAUUGGAAUCAUCUUCUUCUAACUUCCGUUAAUGCUCUUACUCUUGCUGCUGCUACAAUGUGUGGAUUUGCAGCCACAAAUACUGUCUUUAAGGUUUCUUCAAUAAUACUGUACGUAGCAGCCACUGGCUUUUUGGCUAUAAUGAACACUAUCCAACCAUCCCAAUUAGCUGAAGAACAAAGAAACGCAGCUAGAUUGUUUAAACAGCUUCAUGCACAGAUUCAUACAAUGAUUUCAAUUGGCAGUCCUACCAUGGAUGAUGUGAAUGAAGCAAUGGAGAAAGUUUUAGCUCUAGAUAAAGCAUACCCUCUGCCUUUAUUAGGAGCUAUGCUUGAAAAAUACCCGGCAAAUGUGGAGCCUGCAGCUUGGUGGCCGCAACGGAAGCCUAAACAAAAUAAAGGGCACAUUAGGAAUGGAAAUGGCUGGAAUAAAGAAUUGGAAGAUGAAAUGAGAAACAUUCUAGGGGUUUUGAAGAGAAACGAUAAGGCAGAUUAUUUAAAGUUAGGAAGUGAAGCGUUGAAAGUUCAUAAGAUGUUGGCGAUUUCCGGUCCAAUAUUGACUGGCCUUGGAGCUCUUGGAUCUGCUUUCGUGGGCAUUAAUAAUCCAUUGGCUGUUACAGUUGGAGUUGUCUCAGGUGCUUUGGCAAGCAUUGUGAAUACAAUGGAACAUGGUGCACAAGUAGGUAUGGUGGUUGAGAUGUAUCGAAGCAAUGCUGGUUUUUUCAAGCUUAUGGAAGAGAGUAUCGAGUUUAAUAUAAGCGAAAGAAGAGAAAAUGGAGAAUUGUUUGAAAUGAAGACGGCUUUACUAUUAGGGAGAAGCAUAUCAGAGCUCAAGAAUCUUGCAGCAUCUUCUUCUUCCACAACUGAAGAGUUUGCAAGCAAGCUUUUCUAGAGCUUAUAUUGAUGUGAAAUAUUAGUUUGUUAUUGUAUAUAAUUAAUCUAACAGAAAUUAAUUAUUCAAAAAUUAAUCCUGCACUUUUUUCCUGAA